CUUUCCCUUCAAUUCACAUCACUGAGCGUUUCGGGUGGUAAUUAUUUGUUUCUCCCCGAUACACAUUUUCCCCCUCAGAACACUUUUAUUCAAGGGUAAACCAGCUGGAAUCCAAAGAAACCGGAGUAGGCUAAUUAUCCCUGCAUUGUUGUGGAGGCAGCUCGGAGGAGGGGAUGGAUGCGUGGAGCAGAGGCGGCUUUCUGACGGACCCUGCUCCUCUGUGAUGCAGCUGUUUAUGCUGGAUGUGAAGAAAACGCGGACACCCUGACGACUGCUCUUAAAACGCUACCUGGCGAGAAAUCAGCGGCUAUUUGUUAUUCUGCACGUGUUGGGAUUGCAUAUGAAGAGCUGGGAAAGCCAUGUAGCCAGUGCCGUGCACACAGAGGGAGAGAAUACACCGCCGCUUUGAUUUUCUUAUUCACAUUUUCCUCGCUAGGGUGAUUCCACCGUUUGUUUUCUUCCUCCUAAACAGUUUUUUAUUUAGCUACAGACCUGCCCAGUUGGUUUUUGAGUUUUGAGCGUGGAAAUCAAAUACCAACUCGGUAAUAUCACAGAAGUGUGCGAGGAGAGAGGACAUCAUUGGCAUCUAUCCAUGCGCGCUCCACACCGGGCUAUUUAUUAUGGAACUGUGACCCACGUCGAGGUACCUACUGCACACGUUUUUCUACAUCUACACUUUCUCUAAGGAUUUUCACCACGUAAGAACGGAGUAUUUUGAGGGUGUCUUGGGUAAAAUGCUCGGAUGUUUUGCCGGCUGUCAGUGACGCAACAUUUCAAACAGACUGCAUGAGAAAUACAUGCGUAGAAGGGCGUGAACUUACAGACACUAACCUCCUUUCCCGUUUAUAAAGCAUCUGCUUAUCUAUAAAGCCAGUUUCCUCCGUGUGCAAUCCUAUACCCUUCAUUCAUCCCAACUCAUCCCGGGGCACUAUGGAUCUCAAAGCGGACUCUGAGGACAUGGACUACAAGCGGCCGGCUCCCAUUGAAGUUUUUGCCAGCAGGUCCACGCUGCAUGGCAUCUCGCACAUGUUCACUUAUGAGCGGAUGUGUAUCAAGCGCACACUGUGGAUUUUGUUUUUCCUGAGCUCCGUGGGUGUGCUGGUGAUGGUGUGCGUGGACCGGGUGCAGUUGUACUUCCAGUACCCUCACGUCACCAAGCUGGACGAGGUUUCGGCUCCGAUGAUGGUGUUCCCCUCUGUCACCUUCUGCAACCUCAACUCCUUCCGCUUCAGCAGGGUGACGCGCAACGACCUGUACCAUGCUGGGGAGCUCCUUGCCUUGCUCAACGGCAGAUAUGAGAUCCGGGACCCACACAUGGUGGAGGAACAUGUCCUGCAGAUCCUGAAGGAGAGGGCCAACUUUGACAACUACAAGCCCCGCCCCUUCAACAUGCGUGAAUUCUACGACCGGACGGGCCACGACAUCAAGGAGAUGCUGCUCUCCUGCUCCUACCGAGGCGUCGAGUGCAGCGCCGACAACUUCAAAGUGAUAUUCACACGCUAUGGGAAGUGCUACACCUUUAAUUCAGGCCAAGAUGGACGACCCCUCAUGGUGACGAUGAAGGGUGGGAUGGGUAACGGCCUGGAACUGAUGUUGGAUAUCCAGCAGGAUGAAUACUUGCCUGUAUGGGGAGAGACUGACGAGACGUCGUUUGAAGCAGGGAUCAAGGUUCAGAUCCACACACAGGACGAGCCUCCGUUUAUAGACCAGCUGGGCUUCGGAGUGGCGCCAGGCUUUCAGACGUUUGUGUCCUGCCAGGAACAACGGCUGACGUACCUGCCUCCACCUUGGGGGGACUGCAAGGCCUCGGCGAUGGACUCAGACUUCUUCAACACUUACAGCAUCACAGCCUGCCGGAUCGACUGCGAGACACGAUACCUCGUGGAGAACUGCAACUGCAGGAUGGUCCACAUGCCUGGAGAUGCCCCGUACUGCACCCCGGAGCAGUACAAGGACUGUGCAGAUCCUGCCUUGGACUUUCUUGUCGAGAGAGACAAUGACUACUGUGUGUGCGAGACGCCGUGCAACAUGACGCGUUUCGGUAAAGAGAUGUCCUUUGUCAAGAUACCCAGCAAAGCAUCAGCAAAGUACCUCGCCAAGAAAUUCAACAAGACAGAGCAGUACAUAUCUGAUAACCUUCUGGUCCUGGAUAUCUAUUUUGAAGCGCUGAACUACGAAACCAUCGAACAAAAGAAAGCCUACGAAUUGGCAGGCCUUCUGGGUGAUAUCGGAGGUCAGAUGGGUCUCUUCAUCGGAGCCAGCCUCCUCACUAUUCUGGAACUCUUUGACUAUCUAUAUGAGGUGAUCAAAUACAAGCUGUGCCGAUGCGUGAAGAAGAAACACAAAGGCCGCAACAACAACGACCGGGGAGCUGUGCUGAGCCUGGAUGAUGUGAAACACCAUGAUCCUUGCGAUAACCUGCGUACACCAUCAACAUAUCCUGGCAACAUGCUACCCCAUCACCCGGGCCAAGCAAACUUUGAAGACUUCACUUGCUGAGCAGACCCCGGUGGGGAAGCAUCCAAGUGCGUGUUAUGCAACCAAAGCCAACCAUACAAGAAGAACUAUCCAGCACGGGGGGGAGUGUGAGGAACUGAUACAAAGUCUAACAGAGGCACUUUUUACAUAGAUACGGAGUUAAGCGGACAAAUCAAACACGACAAAGAACUGUCACCCAAGGCCGAGCGGAGAGGAUAUCCCAAAAAUAAAAAAUAUCUGUCAAUUUUCCGGAGAACAUUUCAUGCAGCACUCUUCUAUCUCUUGUGUAUCUCUGGAAUACUGCCGCAGAGGAUGUGGAGGAACCUUGCCAACACGGACCUCUCUAUCUCUUUCAAAAGACAACAAAAUUAAAUGUAAAAAUAAACAUGUACAGCUAUCUCACCAUAGACAGCAGAUCAUAAAAAAGAGCCCCCAUGCCUUUAUAUAACACACGAUGGUUUCACACGACACCGGCCUGCUAGUGAGACUCAUCCUGCUUACUCCACUUUACAUGUAGCAACAUAAUGUACCUGUUGCAGCGCUCCGUAAAACAUCAGCUGGACUCUGUAGUUGAGAAUGUAUUUAUGUUCACGAUGGGUGUAGUUGGGUGUGCAGGGAAGUUUUUCGGGGGGCUUGUGUUAAACAUAGAGGUGCAUUAUCAACCAUUUAAAAUGUACUGGUGAUGAUUUCAGGUCUCAUCAUGUAAAUGCAUGCUUGUAUUUGUCCAAUGCAUGUUUUUCAUUUCAUCUAUAAUUCUUUUUUUUUUUUUACAUAUAUAUAUAUAUAAAUGAUAUAAGUACCAAGUUUGCCUCAAUGAUAUACAGGAAAAGGAAGAUGAUACAUCCCAUAUAUGUGUGUGUGUGUGUGUGUGUGUGUGUGUGUGUGUGUGUGUGUGUGUGUGUGUGUGUGUGUGUGUGUGUGUGUGUGUACCCAGUCAGCCUGUGUCUGCUGACUGAAUGAAUGAGCUGCACCUAAUUUGAUUUCUCAUCUGUUAUUUCAUUUUCACGCGUGCCCUUUGAGUCGAGGAGUUUUCAUUCAGCUUCAUUAAGUCUUAUCUCGACUGCAGGAUGAGGUGAGCGGAAUUAUUUUACGAGGAGUUGAUCGCUGAAAUCCAAGUAAUGUUGGGCUGUUAAAAAAGUUUCUGUAUCUGUGUUCUUGUUGCAAGAGUCUUAUCAAAGCACAAUAGCAGUAUGUUGAGGUGAUGUAAAAGGCAACGUACUAUUCUUCUUGAUAUAUUGUCAUAUUAUUAAUAUCGUGUUGAUCCGACUGUUUUUCGGUUGUUGUUUUUUCUUUCAUAUAAAACAUAAUCGAUA